AUGUCUGAAAACGAGACUUUAAAACCGAAUGAGAGUGAACUCGAACCUGAACACAAACGUAAAGUAUUCAUCGGAAGCUUAUCGUAUAAUAUUGAUGAAAAUGCAUUUCGUGAUUAUUGGACAAAAUUUGGCAACGUUUUAGAUGCGACAAUAUUACGUGACCGAGAGGGUCGUUCACGUGGUUUUGGUUUUGUUACAUUUGAUAACUCUGCAAGUGUUGACGUCUUGAUGCAAACCAGACCACAUACGCUGGACAAUCGUGUUGUCGAGCCAAAACGAGCAAUUCCUCGUGAAGAAACGCAUAGAGUCGAUGUGCAAUCAGUCGUGAAAAAACUCUAUCUUGGUGGAGUGAAAGAACCAAUGACUGAAGAUGAUCUCAGAGAGUAUUUUUCCAAGUAUGGAACAGUCACUGAGAUUGUUAUAACGAAAGAUCGUGAUGGAAAGUAUCGUGGUUUCGCUUUCGUCGAGUUUGAUGACUACGAUCCGGUGGAUAAAGUCAUUCUAGAAAAAAACCAUUUAAUUGCUGGUCAACAGAUAGUCGUUCAAAAAUCUCAGGCAAAGAAUGGUCCACAACGUUCGAAUAGUAAUAUGCGCCCUCGACAAGGUCCACCCACAAUGUCCAGACCGAAUUAUAACGGUGGUUACAAUAACUAUCAGCAAAAUUCAUACAACAAUUCGUACGAUCAAAUGCCAAAUAACAACUACGACGGUUAUAAUGGAGGUUCAUUUGGUCAAGGAUAUGAUCAAAGAAAUUUUGGUGGACCUAUGCGACGAGGACACAUGGGUGGUGGUGGCAGCGGCCAUGGAUAUGCACCUUAUAAUGGUCGCGGUCGUGGAGGUCACGGUGGCGGUGCGAGUGGCGUUGGAGACGGUCAUGUUAGUCAAGGUCCAUCAUGGGCCUCCUGGAAUUGA